GUAGGAGACGGUAUACACCUCCAGGGUCGUUGAUUUGCAAUCCGCCACAAGGCGAGAAGAAGAGGUGAAGAGAAACAGCCCAGCCGCGGCCGCGAGAGGAGCCUGCUGCAGCUAGCAGGUAGCUAGCUACAACAGUGUGGCACCGACAACACUCUGCACACCGAAUUCAAUGUAUCUGAGAUUUACCAGAUUGUGUGGUGCUGAUACAUCUUGAAAAACCUUAGAAGGGGGGUGAUUAUUCAUCUCGAAAAGGACGUCUUUUCAGGAUCGGUAUGUUAAGAAAGUGGACAAAUCAAUCCCCCCAUGGAAACCAACUUUAAGGGUGCCUGGAUAGAGUUUUUAAUCCUACUUACAGAUUGAAAAGUGAUGCCAUCAGCACAUGGACAAAAUUUCAUCAUGGAGAAGCAGAAAUCAGUGAAUACUGAUUCAGCACAAUUGGGUGGAGAAUCAAGUACCUUCAUCUGCACUGAGUGUGGUGAUGGGUUUAGCCAGUACUCCAAUGUAUUGGCCCACAUGGCCAUUCAUGGACCUUUGGAGUCAUUCUCCUUUGAUGGCUCCUCCAAUGGAUUUGAAGUCCCCCGAGAAUAUGUGCUUCAAGAAAAUGGUACACUGACCGUUGUGAAUGGCUUGGUGCCGUCGCAUUCUUCUGUGAAACCAGUAUCUCCAGGGGUCCUGCCAUCACAUUUCCCACUCCCUGUCAAACCAGUCUCUCCAACACUAAGGCCACAGGUUUCUCCUUACAAAGACGUCUUCCGACCAAGGCCACCAGACAUGAACUUGGACAAGUCUCGGCAGGGCCACUACCGUUGUGAAAUAUGUAGCAGAUCCUUUAACAGCCUGCAGAGUUUACAUCGUCACCAACAGUAUAGAAACACAGAGCGAGGUUACAAAUGUACUUUGUGCUGUAAGAUAUUUGAAGGUAGACAGGACCUUACAAAACACCUCCAAGACCAUGCCAAUGAAAGCUUUCACUGCUGUGGUCAUUGUGGUAAGCGAUUCCUUAAAGUGGAUGCUCUGAAUGCUCAUCAGAAAGAAAACCACCUCUCCGCCAAGGCUACAGCCGUGAGUAAAUCUGAGAAGAAGCAGGAAAACAAGUGUGAGAAAACAUAUCCCUGUAGGAAGUGCAAGUUGAAUUUUUUCUGGAUGUCAGAUUUUCAGACACAUUCACUGUACCAUUGCAAAGGAAUGGAGCUUGGAGUUACUUAUGAAACUGAAAUUGAAAUUGCAGUGAACUCUAAGAACAUGGAUUACAUACCAGAUGAAAACUGUUACAGCAAUGGCACAUCUGUUGGUAUUAAGAAUGGGGAUAGUAAAAUCUUCAGGCAGAAUAGUCGUGGAACUAUUGCUGAUCACUCUAUGACACCAUACAGAUGUGGUUUGUGUGGGGAAUGUUUCCAAAGGUUAACAGAUCUGAAGGAGCAUCACCGCACACAUCAAACUCAGGAGGAAAUAGAUCAGCUGAAUCAAGAAUCACAAAAAACUUUCAAGCGAAAAAUAUCACCCAAAGGCAGACGUAGAAGAGGUAAUCCAAAUGGCAAGCUGCAUCCGUGCAAGCACUGUCACCGUGUCUUUAAUCAUUCCAGUAGUUUAUCUCGGCACAUGAGAUACCAUAAGGGUACUAUGCAUACAUGUGUAUUUUGUGGUAGACAUUUCCCACAACGCUGUGAUUUGAGAAGGCAUGUAGCUAUGUACCACAAAGCUGAAUUAGAAAAGAAACCUGGUUUGAAACUCUUCACCAACAACACAGCUUCACCAAAUGGGCCUGCCCCCGAUUCCCUUAAUGGCGAGAAUACCACAUUGUCUCCUGACGAGAAAGACAAGAGCACCUCUGACAAUGAAGUAACAGCCUCACCGGAGGAUCAUCAACAGGAGAAACAAUCUGGAAAAGCAGGCAGAAUUAACUACAAGUGUCAGGAAUGUGGAAAGAGAUUCGGCCUGUUAUGCGUGUACCAACGCCACUUGCGCUAUCACAAAAAGGAACCUAACAAGUGCCCCAGGUGUCCAGCUCAGUUCAAGAAUUCGUCAUCACUAGAACUUCACCUUCAAAACCACCCUGGCUCUGAUGAAAUGGGUGUUGAUGGACAAAUAUGUCAUGACACUGGUUCCAAUGGGGAUGAUACUGCCCUAGAAAAGGGUAAUGCAGAGGACAUAGAGGAUGACUAUAUGGACCAAACUCAAAAUGAUCAAGGUAAUUCCUCAGAGGUUCUGUAUGAAUGCACUGAGUGCACAGAAACAUUCACAUGCUUGGAGACGUUUCUUCAGCACCAGACUUCCCAUGGCUCAGAAAACAAUGGGUAACUAUCAUGUCGGACCCAUUAGAUAUUAGUAUUGCCAACAAUCAUGUUCUCAAAAGUGUUUUUGGUGCUUUUGAAUGCAAAUAUCUGAAUUACUGUAUAGGUUGUGAAUUAAUGUAAAGUUUGUUACUAAUGGUUAUUUUCUACAUGUUUUCUUUGGCAUGAGGAGAAAAAUCUGUUUAUUGGUGAAUUUCAGAAAAAAAAUGAACCUGAAAGUAUGGUUCAGAUUGGAAGCAUACCAAAUAAUUUGAAUUAAAUAGAAAGGAAAAAAGACAGAAACAUGAACACAAUUUCCACAUAUAUCUGACAUGCAUAAAAAGCAAGUUUAAAUCUCCAAAUUCCAAUUUCUGACUAGAUAGAAUUGUAUUUUUUGUGGUGACCCAUACUGUUAAUCAGUGAUGUUGAUGCAUUUUUCCUGUGUUUUACUUGAAAAAAUGUAAUUUUGACAUUUUCAUCAAUAUGUGGUGUGUGUACUGUAUAUCUUACUUUUGCAAGGAUAGCAUUGUCACUAAAUAGCUUUUAAAUUGUGCCAUUAAAAAUGUACGGAGAUAUUA